AUGAGCUACACAACACCAAUUGAGACCAAGGUCAACAACCCGCGCCUUCGAUUGCUCAACAAGAUCAAGGCGAAUGAAUACCCACUGAUGACCUUUGUCGCCAUCCCAUCAGUACGGCAAGCUCAGAUCGUAGCCCUCACAGGUCUUGACGGCAUCAUCCUAGACUGUGAACAUGGACACAUUGGCGACGACUCGAUGCACAACUCAGUUGCCGCCAUCGCCGCCCUCGACGUCUCCCCCAUAAUCCGUAUUCGAGGCCCCGCACACGACAUCAUCAAGCGCGCGCUCGACACCGGCGCACACGGCAUCCUAGUCCCUCAGAUUAACACCGCCGAAGAAGCCGCACAAAUAGUCGCAUCCUCCAAAUUCCCUCCCCACGGUGUACGCGGCCAGGGCUCCGCCUUCCCCGCCAUCGCACACGGCCUCACAACACCACAGUACAUGAAGACCGCAAACGAGACCAUCCUAACCAUGAUCCAAAUCGAGACGCGCGCAGGCGUCGAGAACGUCGAUGCCAUUGCUGCAGUCCCAGGCGUGGAUGUCAUCUUCAUUGGACCCAAUGACCUUGCACAAGCGCUCCUCGGCUAUGUACCUGCGCGGGGCGACGAACCAGAGUUCGUCUCUGCGAUUGACAAGAUUGAGGCUGCUGCUCGGAAACAUGGCAAGUGGUUUGCGCGCAUGGUGAACAACGGCACUGCGGCGAAGGAGGCGAGGCAGAAGUAUGACACCGUGGCUAUUACGGGUGACACGAAAGCUAUCCAGAACUGGUAUAUUUCCGAGUUUGAGAUUGCACGGUCUGGUGCUGCGAAGACGCCGUAG